AUGGCACUUACCUUUGACCGCGGCGCCUCGUGUUUUGCUAAAUUAGAGUCAUGGAAGCCAGGAAAAUCGAUUCAUGGAUACACAGUUCUCGAGACACGCCAUGUCAAGGAACUGGAGCUAGACGCUAUUCGCCUGAAGCACGAAAAGACUGGGGCUGAGCAUCUCCACAUUGCGCGCGACGACUCGAAUAAUGUCUUUGGUGUCGGAUUCGCCACACCUCCCGACAACAGUGCAGGCGUCCCUCACAUUCUGGAGCACACGACCCUCUGCGGAAGUCGAUCUUAUCCUGUUAGGGACCCGUUUUUCAAAAUGCUGAACCGAAGCAUGGCGACAUUUAUGAAUGCUUACACUGCAAGUGAUUACACGUUGUACCCAUUCUCGACUACCAAUCCUGUGGAUUACAAAAACUUGAGGAAUGUUUACAUGGAUGCCGCAUUCUUUCCACAUCUCAGGGAGCUGGACUUUAAACAGGAAGGUUGGAGGCUGGAGCACGAGAACCCAAAUGACAAGGACUCUCCUAUUGUCUUUAAGGGAAUUGUCUAUAAUGAAAUGAAGGGUCAGAUGGCGGACGCAGGGUAUCUUUUCUGGUCAAAAAUGCAACAAUACAUGUUUCCAGGAACGACAUACGCCUUCAACAGUGGAGGAGAUCCUGCGAACAUCACUGAUCUCACCCAUGAGGAGCUCGUCCACUUCCAUAAAACACAUUAUCAUCCCAGUAACGCCAAAUUCUACACCUACGGAAACUUCCCUUUGGAGGACUCGCUUGAGUUUAUCAACACUAAACUGCAGGAGUUUUCGCCUAUCACUCCCCCGCUCGCUGAAAAGAUCGUGAAGCCGUUCGAGAGUCCUCUCCGCGUCAAUCUGACCUGCCCUGUGGAUCCAAUGGCUUCACCGGAGAAGCAGAUUAAGCUGUCAGUUUCUUUUCUUACAAACAAGGCUACCGAUACAUUUGAAGGCUUCGGGCUGAGGAUUCUUUCGGAUCUGCUCACAGACGGACACGCUUCUCCCAUGUACAAGGCGCUAAUCGAGUCCAGCUUGGGAUCUGAGUACUCUGCCAACACUGGUUACGAUUCAUCGACUAUGGUCAGCUCUCUUUCGUUUGGUGUUCAAGGAAUGAUGAUGGAGGACGCUCAAAAAGUCGAGGAGACGAUCAUGCAGGUCCUUCACAAAGUUAAGGAAGAAGGUGUUGAUCCUAAGCGCAUCGAGGCAAUUGUUCACCAGAUGGAGCUCGGACAAAAACAUAAAACAUCGUUCUUUGGGAUGAGUCUUAUGCAAGGACUGUCCUCAGGGUGGUUCAAUGGCUGCAAUCCAGUGGACCUGUUAGAACUCAACAAGAACAUUGACCGCCUGAAAUCCGAGAUUGCUUCAGGACCAUUCUUCCAGAACCUCAUCUCCAAAUACCUUUUGAACAACCCUCACAAACUGGUGUUCUCGAUGACCCCCAGCCCAGAUUAUGGCACUGAAGUAGCGGCCAACGAGACGACACGUCUCAUGGGCAAAACGAGCGUGUUGACAAAGGCUGACAAGGAGGCCAUUUAUCAACAGGGACAGGCGCUACUCAAGAAUCAGGAACAAGUCGAAGAUGUUUCAUGCCUUCCUACAUUGAAGGUGGAUGAUAUUUCAAAGAAAACAAAGACGUUUUCGUUGGAGCAUAGCGCUGUCAGCAGCGUUCCUGUGCAGUGGCGUCCUACUUCAACCAACGGCAUCACGUACUUCCGCGGAAUCAGUGUCAUCCCAGGGCUGACGCCUGAGCUGAAGCAGUAUCUGCCCCUGUUCACCGACUCCUUGACGUCGCUGGGAACACACAGCCGUGCUAUGAGCGAGAUUGACGACGAGGUCAGGUUAUAUACUGGUGGUAUCCGUGUCGCGCCUUUCCUCUCCACCAACCACUCCGCCAUCGACAGCACAGAGGAGGGGGUCUCGUUCAGCUCAUACUGCUUGGACAGAAACCAAGACCACAUGUACGAUCUCCUAGGAUCUCUCAUUCGUGAGACUAACUUUGAUAACAUUGACAAGCUGCGCACUCUUAUUCAAGGAAAUGCAUCUGGUCUGUCGAACUCAGUCGCUGAAUCUGGGCACGCUUUCGCCAGAACAAACGCCGGCUCACGUUUGACCCCUGCUGGGCAUGCAUCCGAGUUGUAUGGCGGCAUGACCCAGGUCCAGUUCAUGAACGUUCUCUCUCAAAAGGAGGAUCUCUCCGAGGUAUCGCAGCGUCUAAAGGAAAUUGCAGAGCUUGCCAUCAAACGGUCCACUUUGAGACUUGCUCUCACCUGUGGCGAAGACCAGAUGUCACGUAACGAGAAAGUGGUUAGCCAGUUUAUCUCGCGCCUUGAUGCCAGACCUGUUGAUUCUGUUGCUCAGCCCGGGUUCACCCCAUCGUACGAAAAUUCGUUCUUUGAGCUGCCCUAUGGCAUCAACUUUACCGCCAAAUGUCUACGUGGAGUACCAUACACGCACGAAGACGGAGCCAAGUUGCAGAUUUUGGCUUCACUCAUGUCAAAUCUGUACUUACACCGCGAGAUUCGUGAGAAGAACGGUGCCUAUAGUGGUGGAGCAGGAUACUCCUCAACAGGCGGGCUCUUUUCCUUUUACUCAUACCGCGACCCUAGCCCUAAAAAGACACUGGCGACAUAUCAGGAUUCGGUGCGCUGGGUGUUGGAUCGUAAGGAUUUUACGGAUCAGGAAUUGGCCGAGGCCAAGUUGUCGAUCUUCCAGCGCAUGGAUGCUCCUGUCAGUGCGGCUGAAGAGGGAAUGGUUGUGUUCACUGAGGGUAUCACGGACGAGAUGCGGCAGACACGCCGCGAGCAGCUGUUGAAGGUAACAAGCGCUGAUGUUAAAGAGGUCGCCAGCCGUUACUUGCUAGACCAGCAAUCGAGCCAGUGCAUUCUUGGGGAUAAGGAAUAA